AUGAUGCUCGACCGCCACAGCCCCUUUACAUCUAGAUCCUCCUCUUUCCAUGUGAUAGUAGUCACCAAUAGAUACUAUACCAAGGCACUCUCACAUAACCAGCCCCCAAUCACUCAUAAACCAAAUGCCACCCACCCCCCAUCCACCACCCAACUAACAGACCCCCCAGCAACCACCCCCGACGCCCUAUCAAUAGUAACAUCCGGCCCCUCUGGCGUUGGUAAAUGUAUACUAAUUAAGAAACUAUUCGAAGCACAUCCGGACACAUUCGCAUUCGGUGUCCCACACGACCCGCGCACCACGGGCCGACGAAAUCCACAGCAAGAGCUACAUCUUUAUAGAUAA